AUGGUGUUUUGCCCUGCAGCCCCCGGAACACAGAACUUGGGUGAGGGGGCAACAGGCCGUGUGCUCCUUGCCAAGGCCAAGAAGACGGAAGACAGGCUCGCCUUGAAGGUUGUUCACAAAGCACCCUACGGAGAAGCCCUUAGUGGGGAGGAGCUGGAGAUGCUAAGGAACAGCAUCAAAAGCGAAGUGGAACACCUCCAGCUCCUCGACCACCCCCACAUCAUCCGACUACACGGUCAUUUCGAGGACGCUGAGGCGUGGUAUGUGGCUCUCCAAUACUGCGCCUCCGGGGACCUCGCGAGUGUUAUGGAGGAGUACAAGGAGGACGACGGCCUCGACAGCAAGUGCCCUCGCACCGGCCUCAUUCAGAUGCCACUGCGCUUCUCGCUCAAGGUCACCUACCAGGUCUUAUCUGCGCUGUCUUACAUGCAUGGGCGCGGCAUCAUGCACUUAGACCUGAAAUGCCAGAACAUCAUGUUCCAUGUGGCCUACAAAGGAACGGUCCUUCCUGGCGAGGUGUCCGGACACCCACCACCGUUCAUGGUCAUGAAGGACCCCCAUGCCAUGUUGGUGGACUUCGGAACUUCGCAGAAGACGUCGCAGCCUUCGGAAGGACCCGUAGGCACGCCUGCCUACAUGGCGCCUGAAGCAUGGGCCGGCAAGCUCACGCCCAAGGCAGAUAUCUUCGGUCUCGGCGGAGUUUUUUUCCAGCUCCUGGCCGGGAAGAUGGCCUUUCAGGUGCCCGACUGCCCCGACAUCGCCGAGUGCUACUGGCAGAUGGAGCCGACCGCCCCAUGGAACGAAGUGCCCUACGUUGCUCCGCAGUGCCAGGAGGUUUGUGAUCAAAUGCUUCGGCACGAUUUCAACAUGCGACCUGAGGCCAAGGAGCUCUUGCUUCAUCCCAUCUUCUCCGACUUGAGGGGGGCGGCGCCGGAAAAGGCAGAGCAGGUGCCGGCGAUGCCGAAGCAAUAUGCAGAGCUCUUGGCCAACUACGGUGAUCGGGAUGUGCUGCAGAAGUGCUUGCGGAUGAAGCUGGCCGCAGACUGGUCCCCGAACCAGAUGCCAAGCUUUCAGCGCCUCUUCGUAGCCUUGGGCGGCCCAGGAUCCGGGGUCUCUCCGGCACGGCUCAGUGCCGCCCUGCGACCCGUCUUGGGUGAUGCCCGAGCCCAGCGAGCGGCUGCCGCGGUGGCUGAGUCCAGUCCUCCGAUGCUGGAUUGGACGGAGUUCGUGGCGGCCUUGGUCGACCUCGGCGACCCAAAGGCCGAGGCCUUUCUUCGGCGGGCCUUCGAUGCUGCGGACUCUGACGGCGAUGGGCUGCUGGGUUUGAAGGAGCUGGCCUCACUGAUGCAUGCAGACGAGAAGAAGCACGCCCUACUUCUCCAGGAGUACAUGGUGGCCCUCUGCGGUCGCGACAGCCCGGGCGCCAAGAUCGACUGGGCCGCCUUCCGCCGACAUUUCCGGAGCGCUCCUGGAGAGAGUGGCGAGAGGGUGGCGGAUGAUCAGCUCUCGGCGACGCCGCAGAAGCCAUCCGACUUGGCAAGCCUCGCCGGAGCAGGGCCGUCGCUACAGCAGAGGGCUCAGACGCUGCUUGAUCAGGCGAUGCGCAGCAUGGAGCCGGGAAGAGCCUAA